AUGGCCCUCGCUCAGACUGCAAGCAGACUCAUGGUCCCAUUGGCCGUGGGUGUUGCUGUUCUACAAGCCAGCCUCUACGAUGUUCCCGGUGGUUAUCGCGCCGUUAUGUUCGACAGGUUUUCAGGAGUCAAGGAGAAGGCCACCGGUGAAGGCACACAUUUCCUCGUUCCCUGGCUGCAGCGCGCCAUUCUUUACGACUGCCGCAUUAAGCCUCGAAAUAUCUCAACCACGACUGGCUCGAAGGAUAUGCAAAUGGUCACUCUCACCCUCCGCGUCCUCUCCCGACCAGACGUUGAACACCUCUCAAAAAUCUACCAAUCACUUGGGCUGGACUACGAUGAAAGGGUCUUGCCGUCGAUUGGAAACGAAGUUCUGAAGAGUAUCGUCGCUCAGUUCGAUGCUGCUGAACUCAUUACUCAGCGAGAGCUGGUCUCGGCUCGCAUUCGCGCUGAUCUCCUGCAACGAGCAGGGGAGUUCAACAUCAAGUUGGAGGAUGUCUCAAUCACGCAUCUGACAUUCGGAAAGGAAUUCACGCAAGCCGUUGAAGCCAAGCAGAUUGCCCAACAAGACGCUGAGCGUGCCAAGUUUAUUGUGGAGAAGGCCGAACAAGAACGCCAGGCUGCUAUUAUCCGGGCAGAAGGAGAGGCAGAGGCUGCGGCGACGAUCUCGAAGGCGCUCGAGAAGGCUGGAGAUGCGUUCGUCGCGCUUCGCAAGAUCGAAGCCAGCAAGGCGAUUGUGCAGUCGUUGUCGGGCAGCCCGAACGUGACGUAUAUCCCGAGCAGUAGUGGGAAUGUACUUUUGAAUGUGUCGGCGCAGCAGUGA